GAUCAUCAAUUAUUCACAAUCAUCAUCAUCAUCAUUUUUUUAAACAAAAUGGCUAACAAAGAACGUGGUAAAAAUGAUCAACAAAUAAUCGAUAUUGAUCCGGGUGAUGAAUAUCGUACAAGAUUUAUGUAUUGUAGUAUUGGUGCAACACUUAUGUGUGUAGGUGUUAUUGUACUGGUUUCUGGUUUAGUUGUUUAUAUUUUAUCAUCAACUGGACCACAUACCUAUGUAAAUAAUAUGUUUUUUCAUAAUCUACAUGAUUAUAAUAAUAAUUAUUGGCCAGUAAUUGUUGCAAUUAUACUAUCAUCAUCGGGUAUUGCAUUCAUUACAAUUGCUAUUGUAUUUACAUUAUUUGCCUGUUUUAGUCAUGGUAGAAUUGAAGAUCAUUUUCGUAAUCAACAACAAAUAUCACCACAACCGAUUCAUCGAAAUAAUAUAAAUAAUAAUAAUAAUCAUCAUCAUCAGCAGCAGCAGCAGCAGAAUUCAUUUGUAAAUGAUCGAUCACAAGGCAUUGUUAGGAAUACACGUACACCAUUAAAAGCAACACAUGAUUUAUAUGAAGAAGAACGUUUAAUAUCAUCUCCAACAACAUCGAUUAAUGUAAAUCCACCGACACAAUAUCAGAUUAAUCAUCAAACACCAAUUUAUCGUUCUGCACAGGAUAAUCAACAACAACAACAACAACAACAAUCUAAUGUAAGGCAUGUAACUAAUCAUCUGAACAAUUCAAAUCAACAACAGCCAUCACAAUCACAUACGAUGCAUGGAUCUUGUUCAGAUUUUGUUCAUCAUCCAAUCCAAACUAAUCAACAACAUCAGCAACAACAACAACAACAACAACCACCACCAGUUCAAAUAAAAUAUGUUCCUGUUGUUCCAUCGAAAACUGUGGAAAAACAAUCGGCAACAUUUACUGAACUUUCUGAAACAAAUUCACCAUCAUCUUCUUCCUCAUCAUCGAAUUCUAUACAUCAAUCAACGCCAAAACAACAAAAAGGCGAUAUCAAUACUGUUGGACUUCCUUUGGUUAAUCAUAUAACUAAAUCAUCGAAUCAUCAUCAUCAUCAUCAUCAUCAUCCAAAAAAAGUACCACCAAACGGUUUUAGUUAUCUAACACAUCCGGAAGAGAUUCAUAUAUUUCAUGAAUAUCAUCAUCAAAGAACAUCAUCAUCUGGUGAUAAUCAUCAUCAUCAUCAUCAACAAUCAAAUAAUCGUAAUAAUUAUCAUAUGCCACAGCCGCCGCCACCACCUCCACCACCGCCAGCUACACGUUCAACAAUUCGAACUACAAAUCAUACGGCAUCAACAAGUCAUGAAUCAGUUCUUUGAUUUUUGAAUUCAAACUAAUAUAAUUUAUUAUUUUAUAAUUCAUCAACAUAAUAAUUUUGAUUAUAAUAAUCGUUUUUUGAUU